AUGAGGUGCAGAACCCACCCUUCUGAUUCCGGCAUCGGCGUCUGCCCCUUCUGUCUCCGCGAACGCCUCUCAUCCCUCGCAGUCGCAGACUCUUCCAACGGGCACGUCGAAACCUCAUCGCCGGAAAAUCACUGGGAUCCCGACCGUUCAUCUGCUCCGCGGGCACCGACGCCACUCCUCUGUCACCUAUCCCCAUUCUCUAAUGCUGCCGGAAAGAAUCGAGCCGUCGGGAAGUUUUCCCUUUUGUCUCCAAUUUGGGGCAGCAAUCCGGGCCCCAAAAAAGCCGAAUCCGGUGCCGGGCUUUCCAAGCCCUCGGGAUCUAAUAAUUCGUGGCUCCUGGCGCUAAAUCUCGGCCGGAGGAAGAGAAAUAAGAGGGCAUCCCCACACGUGCAGCCUGUCAGCGGCCGUGGAAUGUCACCGGCCGCGGAGCUGUCACCAGGCCGAGGUGUCUCGAUCCCUUCGCCAAUGUGGCGGCAGCAGAGUCCCCGCAGACUUUCUAGCUUUGGGCUGUGCCUGAGCCCUAUGGUGAGGCCAAUCCCCGCCAAUAGGCGGGGACAUGCACCACCGGAGACGUCUUUUCCUAGCGAGAAGCGUGGAACGUUUAAUCGCCGGUGUGGUAGCGGCGGUGGCGCUGUGGUUCACGAGUUAUCGCCGUGUCUGAUGGCGAAUCGAUCGAGGAAGCUUGUGGAUUUCGGUAGGAUCGUCUGGUGA